AUGCCUGGGACCGAUGUACCAAUUGGUCCAAAUGUGGUGGUGGUGAUUGGCUUCAACUCUCGCAUCGCGGUGGAGAUAACUGCCAUGACAAGUUCUGUGGUUGACUUUGAAUUAGAUGUCGUGGUUGGCGAUGAAGGUGUUGAAGUGCGGUGGUCGAGUGCCAUGGUCAAUCCCGACAACGGCUGGUCUUUGAGCUCAGCCUCUGAUUCUCCAUCUUGGAGAGAACCUGGGAUGAGUACACUAGUGAUGCAGUGUGGGAUGGCAGCCGUAGGAGUCACAAGAUCUCAUCCUUUUACUUCCCCAUUAUCAAUCCCCACAACCUCUUCGACUGCCUUCCUCUCGGUUUCGACCUCAUCAAGAGCUGCAGCACCGCCCGGCUUGGCCAGCGCCGGUCCAUUGCCUCGCCGCGUGGUCCGCGGCUCCUCCUUCUCCAGCGUCGGCCUUGGCGACCCGCCAUCUUCCGCCAAAGUCAACGGCGCCUUGCGCCGCCGUGCCCCUGCCGUGUCCGACGGACAGACGUCUCGGUCCGCCGUGCCACGCCACGCUCCUCUUUCACUACCCCGCCGCGUUCGCGCGCCGCCCCUGGCUUGUUCGGUGCAGAUGGCGUCGAGUUGUUGCUUCACACCGGUCCACUCCAGAUCAAAGAGCAUUGAUGAGCUCAUGUUGGCUCUGAUACAAAAUGAUAGAAACAAGGUUCUAUCGGGUUUGAUAUUGGAUGAUUAG